AUGGAUCAUUCCGUGGAAGGACAUUAUGCAGUGCGUCGUCAAAAAUACAGAUCUCUUCCUUCUGACACGAUCUCAGGACGACUACGAAGGGACGCGGAUGUCUAUUUUGUGAGAGAUCUUGCCGAGGAGACUGUGCGCGAGAGGCCUGCAUUAAAACUUCGAGUCAUAGAUUUGCUACCGCGGCCUGCACCUGCGAUUGCAUCCUUAUCGCAGAACACCGGAAGCGGAACAGCGGUUCAUACAGGCAGCGAUAGGGGACCAGCGUGGUCAGCAUCGGAAUGA